AUGAAGUUCAACAUUGCUCUCCUGGCUCUCGCCACAGCCAUCCAGGCCACUCCCAAUCCUGAACCUCAGCCCGAUAUCCUCGGCGACAUCUCCACCGGCAUAGGGGGCAUCGUCUCCGACGCAUCCACCUUCAUCGACGGAGCCAAAUCCCACAUCUCGACCUUCGCCAACGGCGCAUCCACCUGGGUCGACGGCGUCAACUCCCAGGCCAGCACCUUCAUCGACGGCGCCAAGUCCCACGCCUCCACCUUCGCCGCCGGCCUGUCCAGCGACAUCGCAAAGGCCACCAGCGAGGCCGGCGCCAAGGCCUCCAGCCUGAGCCAGUUCAUUGCCACGGCCACCGGGCCCGCCAAGUCGAGCGCCCAGAGCGAGCUGUCCAAGGUGAGCAGCUCGCUGGCCGCUAUGACGAGCAGCAUUGGCGCGGCGGCCACGAGCUCUAGUACUGGUGGGGGAUUUGCGCCUGCUCCUACUGCUGCGGUGGCGGUGGGUGCGCUGAUGGGCGGUGCGGCUAUGCUGGCCAAUUUUUAA